GCGGGAGCUGUUGAGGGUGUAGACAUGAACGUUCACACACUUCACAGACUCUUACUGGACUGAUAACACUGCAUCAUCUAACGAACCCGUCCAAGAUCAGAAAGAUCAUCUUCAGAUGAGAAGACACCAGGCCCUGGUGGUUCAGACUCAAGGGGCCGAACAGUGUUAUAUCAAAAGAAAAGAAAGUCCUGAUUGAGUUCUGCCAUGCAUCUGACAGCCAGAUUAACCUUCCUCUUAUGGUCUCUCUGCAGAUUAUCUGAAGCCUCUCCUAGUGAUCCAUACAGCAGCUGUAAGGUUGGAAAAAUGUGCCAGGCCAAGUUUGGGAAUGGAGAAUGUGAUGAGGAGUGCUUGAGUUCUGCCUGUCUGCAUGAUGGAUUUGACUGCCUCAAAGAAAAAGGCUCCUGCAUUUCAGGGCAUAUUCAAUACUGCCGAAAUCAUUAUGACAACGGUUACUGCGACCAGGGCUGCAACACCGCCCCCUGUGGGUGGGACGGCUCGGACUGCCACAAAAAGCAGUAUCCCGCCUGGGCCAAAGGAAGCCUCAUACUGCACACUAGAAUCCCAUUCCAGAGGGGUCAGUUCCAGAACGGCUCUCUGUUAUGGGCCUUAAGCACUGUCCUCCAGACCAGCGUCAAACUCAGAGGAAUGGCACCUCUCCAGCCCACCUCUGACCUUCUGACAAUGGACACUCGACAGCUGGCGGAGCUGUACGCUCAAACAGCAUCCUACGACAGCAAUGAGUCAGUGUUAUUCCUGCAGCUGGAUAAUAGAGCCUGCUCCCGUCUUCACUCCACCUGUUUCCUGUAUGCCGCCGAGGCCGGACACUUCCUGCGUGCCGUCCUGGCACUGAACCACCCCCCCUUUCCCAUGAUCCCAGAGAUCCAGGCAGCUGUAAUCAGUGUGCGUGGAGUUGACGAGGAAAUAGGAGCCAGAGAGGAGGUGAAACUGCCGAACAAGGAACGCAGCACCUCUCCUGCCUGGAUGUGGCCGGUGGUCGGCGUGGCGACUGGACUCGGUGUGGCGCUUGUCGUGAUCGUCCCGGUGGUGCUGAUGUGGUUAAAGAGAAGACGACAGCGGCGGGAGGGAGGCGAGCGAGUGCGUCACAGGUCCACCGUCACUGAAAGCAAUAAUGGCAGCAAGGCCUGGACCCGCCGCUCUGAGGAGAAAAGAAGCCGAUCAGGAAGAGAUAAAGAUAGAAAUGGGAUGAAGAAAAACAAGAAAGGAAAGGAAUCAGGAAAAAGACGUAAGGAGCCCCUCGGCGAGGAUGCUAUCCGUAUGCGGCCCCUGAGGAAGGAACUAGACAUUGGAAGUGACACCGACGUGACCCAGAGCUCCAUGGAGGACAUCAAUAAGACGAUCUGUGACCACAGAUCACCAGACCAAAAACACUUCCAACAGCCCCGCAUGCUGGCUCCACCUAGAGGAUGGGAAAGGAACGCUGUUCCUACACCUCAAAGACCACCAAGAAAUACCGCUCCGGUGCAGUGGUGCGGUCCAGACGGCUCGGUCGUGCUGAUCCGUGCUGUCAGAAGCGGGCUCGACCGAGUGGUUCUGGAGCUCCUGAGAGCCGGAGUGCCGGUCAAUAACACGGACCACACGGGGAGAUCUGCCCUCCACUGGGCAUGCUCAGUAAAUCACCUCCCAUUGACACGGACUCUCAUUCGCUACGGUGCUGCAGUGGACUUACAGGAUCAUAAGGGUGAAACGGCUUUGUUUCUCUCGGCUCUCCACGGUUGCUAUGACACCGCACGAUUCCUGCUGCUCAACGGGGCCAAUCAAGAUCUGUCUGAUUGCAAAGGGCGGCGGCCACUGGAUGUGGCUCGAGAGGGAUUACAUCAUCAGGUCCUUGAGCUCCUAUUGGCUCACAGAGUUCACAGGGCGCCGGUUCCUCUAGAUCCCGCCACUGAGGUGCUUUGGGAUGAUCGCACGUAUGCGUUUUCUCCAUGGGUUGCUUCGCCUCCAUGUCUGCCCGGAAGAAGUGCCUCGUUCUCAGGGGUCGUAGGUCACAGGGGGAUGUCAACACCUCCACCUAUUGAUUGGCAGAUGGCCAGAGCACAAUGCUCCUCCCCCCAGAACUGGCGUCCGGCCCCCAACCAAUCAGCAACGGCAUUGGUCAGCCCUAGGAUUCUUGGCCACCCAUCUCGGCCUAUCAGUACUCUCCAGGAAGUGACAUCAGAGGCGGAGGACGAGGAGAGGGAGAUGACACAGGAUGUUACUCGGGCAGCAACGCCUCAUUUCCUGUCUCCACAACCGGCACCUCGACAGCGCUCGUUCUCCUGUACCCAACAUGCACUGAACCGCCGCUCCAGUGGCAACCAACCAGAGCUGUCCGUAGCUGCGCCAGCUGGAAAACCAGCCAAUGAGCACGUAGAAAUAGUGAUCGUGCCUCACCCGAGAGAAGCAGCCAGCCAAUCAGAGAGCAAAAGCACAGGGAACAGUCUCAGCUCGACUCAGAUGGAUUCUGAGAGGGAAAAUAUAAGGAACUGCAUCUCCAAAAUCCACAUUGAGAGGGUCAAUAAUGAGCCCAGCAUCUCCAUCCAAAGCAGCAUGUGAGAGAGGAUAGAGAGGAAUUAAAAUGUACAUAACUGUUGUUUACAAUGUGUCAUAUCAUUUUACAGACUAUAAAAUAGUCUGCUUUUGUAAUAUUAUUGGCCGAGUCUCAGGAAAACAUGUUCUCACCCCAAUAUAAAAAGCAAUUGAAAUAUGUAUAAAGAAAAUAAAGCUUAUCCCCAGAA